AUGGCCUCGACAUUUACUCUUCCAAAAAUUGCCGGGGAGCCUCCGGUCGAGGUACAUCUAGUAGACAACUUGACCGAGGACCAAUUUGUGGCAUGGAUACCGUUCAAGAAUUGGCUUGAGACAUUUCGUCAGUCUCUCGCGCUGCAAUCGGAUGUCAAUCAUCCGUUUCAUAAGGAGGAUGAGCGGUACACUUUGCGGUCAAUAGAGGUGAAAGCGGUCGACAUGUGGGGCAACCGUAUAGGGUUCUUGAUGAUGAAAACCGUCGUGAAGAACGAGAAGGACAAGCAGCCUCUGGCCGGCACAGUGUUCCUUCGCGGAGGCAGUGUUGCCAUCUUGAUGAUCCUGCGGCCGGAAGAGGAUGAAGACAAUGACGAGCGAUGGGUUGUCAUGACACAGCAGCCACGGGUCCCGGCCGCAAGCUUGACUUUCUACGAGAUACCGGCCGGAAUGAUCGAUGAUUCGGGUACCUUCUCUGGUGCAGCUGCAAAGGAGCUGUACGAGGAGACAUCCUUGGAAGUUCCAGUUUCAGAGUUGAAGAACAUGACGAAGCUGGCUCUGAAGAACGCCAAACUUGCCUUGAAAGACGCUCAGGGAUCAGAGGAGCACCUACAGAAAGCCAUGUACCCCAGUCCAGGUGGUUGCGACGAGUACAUUGCUCUUUUCUUGUGGGAACGAACAAUGCCUCGGAUAGAGAUCAACGAAUUGCGAGGAAAGUUAUCCGGCGUCGAUAGUGAGAAGAUCAAGGUGAAGCUCGUGAGAUACGAAGAGCUGUGGAAAGAGGGCGCAAGAGAUGCAAAGACGCUUGCAGCAUGGGCUUUGUAUGAAGGUCUGACAAGAGAAGGGCGUCUAGAUGAAGACGAAGAUGACGAGAAUGGUGAGGAUGGCGCCUGA